AUGGGCACCAUCCAACAACCAUGGGAGCAGAUCGUCUCCAAAAAACGUGCCAUCAGGGACAAGCUGCUGGCUCCGUACUUGGUCGAUAUCGAACAUCGAGUUCCACGGAUGGACCAUGUGGAUUGCCGUUCUCGCCUGGAAAAUGAGCCUGAAGUUCAAGAAAUCACUGACCUCGACCUUACCGGCUUGUUGAAGCGAUUGGAGACGGGCCAGUUUACAGCGCACCAAGUUAUCCUAUCGUAUAUCAAACGCGCCGUGGUAGCACAUCAACUGACCAAUUGUCUGACGGAAGUCCUAUUCGACGAAGCCCUACAACAAGCCAAAAAGCUAGAUGCCGAAUUUACCAGCACCGGCAAGCUCAAGGGCCCUCUACAUGGCAUUCCCAUCACACUGAAAGAUCAAUUCAACGUCAAGGGCGUGGACUCGACUCUAGGCUACGUUGGACGAUCCUUUCAACCCGCCAGCGAAGACGCAGUACUAGUUCAGAUACUAAAGGAUAUGGGGGCGAUUGUCAUUGCCAAGACGAAUCUGUGUCAAAGUAUUAUGUGGGGAGAGACGGAGAAUCCUCUCUGGGGAUUGACCACCAACCCCAGAAACCCUGCCUUCACACCAGGAGGUUCAACGGGAGGUGAAGGGCCAUUACUAGCACUGCACGGAUCAAUCCUCGGCUUUGGCACAGAUAUAGGAGGAAGUAUACGGAUCCCACAGAGUUUUGCCGGUCUAUACGGCCUGAAACCGAGCAGCAGCCGCUUCCCCUACGAAGGCGUCCCCGUCUCAACCCAAGGCCAAGAACACGUCCCUUCCUCCAUCGGCCCCAUGACCCGCGACCUCUCCUCGCUAACGUACAUCACCAAACAAAUCACAACCAGUCAGCCUUGGAGCCUGGAUCCGCGCUGCACACCCCUACCCUGGAACGAACCCAUCUACAAAUCCACGCAAUCCAAUCCCUCCCUCGUAAUCGGCCUAAUCCUAACAGACGGCAUCGUCACUCCACACCCACCCAUAACCCGCGCCCUCCACGAACUCUCCACCGCCUUGACCGCAGCAGGCCACGAACUCGUGUCCUGGGAUACGACCGACCACGCAGGGUGCAUCGAGAUCAUGGACACUUACUACACAGUCGACGGCGGCGAGGAUAUCCGCCGUGACAUGGACGUUGCCGGAGAACCAUAUCUCCCACACGUUCAAGCACUAGUGAACCGCGGAACCCCGAUUUCCGUCUACGAGUACUGGCAACUAAAUAGGCGGAAACAUGCGGCGCAGAAGAAGUACCUUGAUAAGUGGAGGACGACGCUAGCGCCGUCGGGAAGGACUGUGGAUGUACUGUUGGCGCCGGCCAUGCCGCAUACGGGCAUCCCGCACCGCACGUUUAGGUGGGUUGGGUAUACGAAGAUUUGGAAUUUUUUGGAUUAUACUGCCUUGACGUUUCCGGUGGAUCGGGUGCGGAGGGAAAUGGAUGGGGUUAGUGGGAUGGAGGAGGGGUAUGUGCCGAGGAAUGAGUUGGAUGGGUGGAAUUGGAAGUUGUAUGAUGGUGAUGCGGUGGAUGGGUAUCCUGUGAACUUGCAGAUUAUUGGGAAGAAGCUUGAGGAGGAGAAGGUGUUGGGGGCGGCGAGUGUUAUUGAACGAAUUUGGAUGGAGUAUGUGGGAGGGAAGAAUGGUGGGAAUGGAGAAUAG